AUGGCAAGCCAUUCCAACACUAUUAUUAUAGCCGAUGACGAGGAACUGCCAAAUCUCCAGCCAGGUAGCUCACGACCUCAGAGGGCACCUCGCUAUAAUUACAGCUACGAAGAUUCCGAGAGCAUGUUUAUCGAUGCAGCCGAUAAUGAGACUCGAUCGCGGAAACGCAAAAGAACCGAAAAGAAGAAGCCGUCUGCUUUGGACAACGCUUUCCAGCUGCUUAACAAGGAAGUCCGCCAUAAAGUAAAACGGUUGAAAAAGGAAAAUCGAAUGCGUCAAGAUGAACUUAGCCAGGAGAAGGAGAGGUACCAAAAGGCGCAAGUGGAUCUUUCCAGGGAAAGAGAAAGGCGUGUUUUGGAGUGCAAGAUCUGUUAUAUGCAACCAGAUCACUGGGUGACAAUUCUAUGUGGGCACAUGGUUUGCGAGUCGUGCGCGGAAAAGCUCGAAACCCCAAAGAGUUGUCCUAUCUGCCGAGCACCAUCCACAGGACAUAUCAAAUGCCUACCCUUUGCGGGAUAA